AUGUCUUCUAACAAGGCUGUGGUGCCCCAGAAGCCGACGUCCUUGAAGUGCAAGGCUGAGGACGACUUGCCCGUUCGUUACCAGAAGAAGGCGAAGGUGGUCUUGACGCCGGAGCAGCAAAGGCGGAAGUGGCGUAAAGCACACCCUGCUGUACGCCCUGACAUGAUCAUGUCUUCGGUUCCAAUCCACGUGCUUGGGCGCCGCCGGAGAUGGUGGGUACCUGGUGUCCCACGACUUCCCCCAUUGGACUGGGUCCUGGGGCGCAAAUAG